UGUUGGCCUUUCUGUCUCAGGAGAACUGCGCGAGUAAGUUCAUUUAGGCAAAGGGAAGAUAAAAAGCAGACAUGUUCAUGCAAAAGCUGCGUCACAGAAGAGAUGGGAACAUUUCCGAGAGAGUCAUUGGCGACCGCCGGUGGUUUUGCGCUCCCGUGCGCCAAGAGAUGGAUUCAUAGGACGCGCGUCUGCUGUUCCCGCGCGGAGAACACCACCAACUUCUACGGCGCGUGACUUCAUAACGCCACCGGUCCGGACCUUUAUACUUGUGUUUUAAACUUUAUGUGUUGAAGGAAUAAUAACACGAGAUUGAACGAUGACAGUGACUUUCCCUGGCUUGCAAUAACGCUUUAUCACUUUAGUAAAGGGUUUGAUUCUCGCUUCUAACGAAAUUUUGGUGAUAGUUAAAGGACACGGAUUUUUUGAGGACCGCAACAACGCGAAUCUGCUGCCGAACCAGUUGCAUUAUCACAUGACUUUCCACAGGAUUAUGCUAUUUAUUCAACAACUUCUCAAACUAGACAAUUCAUAAUGUCGUUUUUGGACAAUAUACAACAACUCAGAAAGCCAAAGAUGUUCGCUGUACGGAUGGCGUUCCUGCACGCGCUCCUCGCCUCGUUUCUCCAUGGAGUGUGUGAGAGCAGGGGUGGAGGUAGUGAUCUUGUGCCCAGGUUCUCCUCAUCCUUGCCCACAUACCUUCCCGUGUCCUGCCAACUACAGGGUGCAGAGUCAUCCUUCUUUCUCCGGGAGGCCACACAGGAAGUGAUGCGUAACGGGAGCUUGCAGACACGCAGCGAGCCUCUCUUUCUCCACUUGCCCGAUGCUGGCUCCACUUCCAUGUUGUCAGUCAACUGUAGCUAUGGCAACCUCACUGCAGAGGCGCCAGUACCACCAGAGCUCCUCCAGGGGGCACUUCCACGUUCAUUCCACACCUCUACACACCUCACGCUGGGCUGGAAGGUGAGAGCACACCUUGUGAGCAGGAGGAUAGGAGUCGAUCGCCCUCAAAUACAGGUGUUGUUUUACCUGGCAGGCCGCAGAUGGGAGGAUAUGGAUCCUCCUGCGGAACUACUCCCGUGUAUCCGUGUCGUUGGCAUCCGUGAUCCAGGGGAAGGUUCUGUGUCAACCGCCUGUCGCCUGGAGGGAAACAUGGGUGUCUGUGUAUCCCAGCUUGACAUCCCUACGACCUGGUUCAACGCUCCUCCGCCACGUAGACGCACACAGGAACCCGUUGCAAUAACGGUUGAGUUGCACUACUCCAUCCUUCCUCCAGAUACCCUGGGAAAAGAGUGCAUAGCAGGAAGGGCACAAGGAAAAGCUGUUGGACAAGAAGGGGAUAUGCAGAGAAUUGGGACGGUGACUCUCUCUUCUGGGGAGAACAAAGCGUCCAGAAACCGACUUAGACUGGAUGGAGAUGUCGAGAUUCUGGCACCCCCGAUCCCAGUUAAACAGGGACAGACUGUGGGAUUUCAAGUCCUAAUGAAUUCUGCUGCCACCACUGAGCAGUUCACACUGAGAGUCCAGUAUGGGGAAGGCAUUAAUUUCAUGGUGGUGAAGCCCAGUAAUCUGGCAGCGUGGGAAAUCAAGCAAGAAGUAGUGCCUGGGUCCUCCUCCCUGUCCAUGUUCUGCCAGCGGAAGGCCAGCUCAUCCAAUGAGAAACUUGAUGGUUCUUUCUAUGAGAUCAUGUGGGUGGACUUUGAGAUUGACAAUUUCAUCAACCUGCGGUCAUCGCAGUCCAUCCGCUGGCAGAUAGAGUAUCCCUCCACUGGAGCAUCUGCCGAAGUCAUCUACACUCUCUACAUCAGCCAGCGAGACCUACAGGGUAUCGUACCCAUCGCUGAGGACACAGAGAUCCUGAACACAGCAAUUCUGACUGGACGGCGCGUUGCCAUGCCGGUUAAGGUUGUUUCUGUGGAACAGGACGGAACGGUGAGAGAGGUAGAUGACCCCUUGACCUGCAUCUCCACAGAUGAGGACGUCCUCAAGGUAUCUGUUGGUUGUGAUGAGGUGUUGGUGAAUGGGAAAGAGAUGAGGGGGCGUGUCUCGCUUCAAGUGAACUUUACCUACCUCUAUUUGACCAGCCAAUUAGAGCUCACAGUUUGGGUGCCACGGUUACCCCUCCAGAUUGACGUCUCUGAUGCCGAACUCAGCCAAGUCAAAGGAUGGAGGGUGCCCAUCAUCACCAACAAGAGGCCGACCCGGGACAGUGAGGACGAUGAGGAGGAUGAGAGGAAGGGCAAAGGCUGUGCCCUGCAGUAUCAGUAUGCUCUGGUACGUGUUCUCACACACUUCGUGGCCGAGCCAGCUGACCCUGGUGGGGAGCUUGUGCACAUGCUGGGUUCUGAUUGGUCUGCUGACAUCACAGAGAUGGUCCUGGACUUCCUAAAAGUGGAAGAUACACGCACUGCUCGACUAAUUGAUGGAAGGGUGCUGGUGGGAAGAGACCUGGGAAUGACCACUAUACAGGUAAUAUCCCCUUUGUCUGACUCCAUUCUGGCUGAGAAGACCAUCACAGUGCAGGAUGAUAAAGUCACCAUCACUGAUCUGGGAGUUCAGCUGGUGGGCUCUUUGAGUCUCUCACUGCAGCCCAGCUCCACCAACAACAGAGCCUUCUACAUCACAACCACUGCUCAGGACCUGUUGCGCACACCCAAACAGGAGGCUAUCAUCAGUGCAUGGAUUCAGUACAGUGAUGGCUCUGUGACCCCUCUUGAGAUCUAUGACCCCAAAGACUUUACUCUAACCAUCACCUCACUGGAUGAGAGCGUGGUCUCCACCUCUCAGGAGCAAUCCCAGCGCUGGCCUGUGGUAGUGGCUGAAGGCGAGGGCCAAGGGGCGCUGGUGCGUGUGGAGAUGAUGAUCUCAGAAACCUGCCAGAAAUCCAAGAGGAAGAGCAUUUUGGCAAUGGGCAUAGGAAGCGUACAGGUGAAGUUCGGACAGAACGACCUGGAGCAGAGGAGUGGAACUCAAGAGGAGAACAGUCUGGACAACAGCACAAAUGAACAGAGACAUAAGGUACUAGAACAGGAUAAAACAAGCGGAGGAGAUGGCUGGAAAUACACAAACACUGCGGUAGAACGGGAAGAGUCAGUCCUGAAGAAAGUCACAACCCCAAAGACUACGCUAACUGGUCGUUCCGGGGGCAACAAGCAGGGUGGGGGACAAAACAACAACCCUGUGGACUAUACCAGUUAUCCAGUGCAGGUAGACCUACCUGGCGGGGCAGAGAGCGACUUGACCCAGGCUCCAAGGGGUCUGUCAGACCUAGAAAUUGGUAUGUACGCCCUGCUUGGAGUCUUUUGCCUUGCUAUCCUUGUCUUUCUUAUCAACUGUGUCAGUUUCGCUUUCCGCUACCGCCACAAACAGCUUCCUGUUCUGGAGCAGGGCAACAUGAACCACGCCCAUGAUUGGGUGUGGCUAGGCAACGAGGCAGACCUGAUGGAUCAUCAUGGCGACCACGGGCCGCUGGCACACAACGACGAGUGCACGACUGCAAUAGAUCGCAACGAGGGGUGCGAGGAGAGCAAGUACCUCCUCAACGGGAGCGCCAUUCAGAAAAGCGGAUCUUCGCAUGGUCGCAGCAUCCCCCAUGUGCACUCCGAUCCACGGUCCUGUUCGGGAAAUGACCCCAGCGGAAAAAUCGAACCCCUUAACAACUCUCCUAGCGCUGCCAAGCGCAAAAGGGUCAAGUUUACUUCCUUUGCCACCGUACUACCAGACGAAGGUGGGCCAUACACCAACUCCAUCCUUAUUGGGAACGAAGAUGACAUCAAGUGGGUUUGUCAAGACAUAGACCUGGGACAGUCAGCUGAGCUUAGAAGCUACAUGGAGAGACUGCAAGACAAUCUGUAGAGGCUAGGAAGAGAAUGAAAGUAAGGGAAAGCGAGAGGGCGGACACACAAAAACUCACCAGAAAUGCCUUUGCACUGUGGGGGGAAAGCAGAGAGAGAGAGAGAGGAGAAGAGAGAUGAAUUAUUAAAGAAUCGAAAGUGGAUGUAAGUAGGGAGUAGGAAGGAAUAAAAUCCAUUGGGAGCCUCGAGUUAAGUACGAAAUUCACAGAAAGGGGAAACGGGUGAAGAGAGACUGGCACAUUCACACUGGCUCCUACGAUCGGUCCAGGUGGCGGAGAGAGAGCAGCUGCCAAUUGGUUUGCACAGGGACAGAAUGCCAGUUACCGACACCCUAAAUAAACAAGCCCAAACAAGACCAGCGUGAAAAAGAAAGGAAACAAACUUGACAGCUGUACAGAAAAUCACAGUCCGUGAAAGUCAAUGAACGUGGGUUGUUAUGGCUAAUGUAAUUUAGUUUUUAUUUAUUUAUUUAGAUUCAAAUUCAUAGGAUUGUGGACAGAUACAACAGAUCUUAUUUUUUGAGAUAAUCCCAGGCUUUUUCCAGAUUAGUAUGUAACUAGACCAAAACAGGCCCUCAAAGCACCCAGUCUGCCCCAGAUCCAGGUGUGUGUUUGUUUUUUAACGCUUAUUUUGUACCGUCUGUCCCUCCUGUGUGAAUACCGAGGCGUUGGCCAUGGACAUGUGGGAUUCCCCCUGGCUGGAAUCUGUACCAGCUAUAUCUGCACACACACUGUUUAAGGAGUCGGUGAAAAACACCAAAACACCACAGUCCUCCCUCUCCAUCUCUCCUCUGGGAGAAAAAUACAAGACAUAGAUGAUGAAAGCAACAUGGGAAUAAAGACUCCUCAUGCACUGUCCAUUUGAUCAAGUGAAUGUGGCAAAAAGGACUUCUUUUGAGCCCCAUCGGGAGGUUGUUCAUUUGCACAAUAAGAAUAACACAGCAAGUGCAUAGUGGCCCUCGGCUAAUCUGAGGCUAGCCCAUCUGACUGUCUAUACAGCAACUAAUCCAGAAGUACAACCUGACAGUUUGAAGAUGCGAUGAUGAACAUGGCACGGACUGUGUAGAAAUGCAAGCCCACAAAAUUGAGUUGUGUGUUAUAAAACCAUAUGAUUGCUGUGAUAGAAAAAUAUACAGAGUAGAUAUGGUCUAUUACUCUCCAGUAUGGUAAAUGUAUGAAUGUUUCUCUUUUUAUUGAGGCGAAAUGUACAUCAUUUGCCCCCUUUUUACAUGGCCGGAGCACCUCCCCAUGGUUUUUACAUGUCCUAUAGGUUUUAAAGCAACUUUCUAUUUCUGCCUCACUAACCCCAGCAUUUACCUUACGGCUCCUUGAAUCAUUGUUGUUUAUAUUACUGAAGAGUUGUAGGGAAGGACAGAUGUGGAAACCUUCUUUUUGAAAGCUCAGGUGAAAAUACGCUCACAGAUGAACAGUGGUAGAACUGAAAUGUAGAUUGUAAGAAUGCAAUAUUUAUUUGUAAGUGUAAUAUGAGAUAGGAUGUAAAUAAAAUGAUUAAAAUUUCUCGUGGACACUGCAAGAAGGCUGUUGCCUACAUUUUCUCAAAAUCGACACACAGAAGAGUCAUGGGGCCAUUUGAGUGUUUCAUAUGUCCAUAUGAAUAAAAAUGAAAGGCUUUAAAAUGUUUAGACAUGUCAUGGGUUCUGUCACAAUGUCUGAUUCCCCAUUUGCACAGGGUUCAGUAUUUUCAUUUGAUAUCGAUUUCUGUUUGUUUCAAAGGUGAUUAGUAAGGGAGAGCAGAGCACAUUGAAUUCAUUGUAAGUGUUAAUUCUAAUUUGAUUGUGUGUGUGUGUGUGUGUGUGUGUUUGUGCGCGCGCGUGUUAUUCUAGACACCAGGCCAAAAAAAA